AUGACCGAGUACAUGGCUAAUCCGGGCGGAUUUGGCGGGUUUAACCAGGCAGCAAUCCAGGAUACAUUCCAUUUUGACACAAAUCAAUUUCUCACACCUGUCGAUGGGGAUAAUGCUCUGCUCGACUACGACGACCUAUUUUCCAUGCUCCAACAACCAGACGCCCAAGGGAGCGGGGGAUCCAGCGGUAGCGCAUUUCCGUCGGCAGGCUCGGAUGGGUGGGCUGGGCCACCUAUACCUGUACAACCGGUUGCAGCAACACCUGGCCAAUACCCGAAGCCACAGCAACUAAAGCAGCCACAGCCCCAGAUCUCCAAGCAAGUGAAGCCCUCCCGAGAUGCCACAUCUAAGCGGUCACGCGACGCUGUCAGCGGAAAGAGCAAGCAGCACCAGAUGAAGGACCUGGAGGCCAUAGCAGCCAAGAAGAGUCAGGACUUGAAGCGACUGAUGCUCGAAAACCAGGAGCUCAAGUUUCGGAGCCAAAUACUGGAGAAAGUCAUACAAAUGCGGGACUACCAGUUGAAGGUGAUGCGGGGACUCCCCGAAGAUCUACCCCAAUACUGGGGAGCUGGAAAACCAGCAGCGACAACAACAACCACAACAACAACAACCACAACACAGGCACCAGCAGGAAAGCCACCACCAGUAUCAGCGGCAACACAAGCACCAGCAGCAGCAGCACCGGGGACACCGCCGCAGGAGGCACCCGCUCCAGGGGGGGUUGGAGUGGGAGUAGGGAUAGGUGGCACUCGCGGAGGUGCCGGUGGCUGCAGCGGCGGCGGCGGCGGCGCCUCAUGGUCCGGUGGUGCUACUACUGCAGAGACGGCUGCUCCUGCUCCUGCUGCUGCUGCGGUGGCGGCGGCGGGUGUUAGCGAUAGCAAUGAACAUGGUAAUGGUGGCAAUGGUGGUUACACCGCGGUUGAGGCGCUCCGGAUGUCCAGCUGCAGCUGCCUGCUGAGGGCGUCUGGAGGGCAUUUGUCAGCGGCGGACCGGGAGAGGUUUCGUUCCCUGCAGAAGGGGCAGCUGAUGGCGGGUUGGAAGCACUACCUGUCCGAGGUGGCCGUACCGCUGCUGGCCUUGGAGUCAAACGGCCAGGACGAGCGGGCUGCCGCAAGUGUACUACAGCUGGCUGGUGAGGCUACCCACAUGCUGAAGCAUGCCAGCCUUUUGGCCCCCGACACCUUGAUGGUCGUGACACAGACGCACCUGGAAACGGAGGUCCUGACGGCCCCCGAUCCCAGCCACUGGCAUGCUGUCGUACGCACCCUAGAGCUUUCCCCCGACCAGAUCCGGGAGCUGCGUGCUGUGUUUCGCCUCGUGUCCGACAUCAUGUCUGCCGUACUGGCUGAGCGCAAGGCCAUCAACAUGCGGCUGGCGGAGGGGGUGCACCUGCACGACUCCGUGGCGGACAUCCGGGUGGCCAUGAAGCACCUGACGGUGUCACCCGAGUGCGAGGUGCUGCAGGCUCUUCAGCGCAGCAUGCGACGUGAGAAGGCCGCCCACUUGCUGCUGCGGGGCUUUCUGUUCGGUCGCACAUUGUCGGUGUUGCAGUUCGUCAAGGCAGCAGUGUACUCCUACCCGUGGAUGCCGGACGCCGCAGCGAUUGUGGCCACAGUAGUGGAACAGGCGGAGGCGGCUGAGGCGGCGGAAGGAGGGGAGGGAGACGGGGAGGAGGGUGAGGGCACGCAGGAUGGCGGUGUUUAA